UUGGCAGGUUAUAAAAAAAAAAAAAAAAUAGCCUCUUCUUAUGCCAAAAUUUCCUCCAGCAUCUUCUACUUCCUCUCAUCUUCCAUGGCGUUGAAAUUCUCUCAGAUUCUCUUUAUUGUUAUUUGUCCCUCUCUCUUCUUCCUCCUCCUCCACCACUUGUACUCCUUCAACCUCCACCGUCUCUACUUUCUAAAUGUGGUGGAGCCGUCGGUUUCGAAGCACCAUGAUCACCCUCUCUACACCAUUAAUAGAUUAGUCAGCAGAAAAGCUCUCUCCCACACAUACGACUUCUCACCUUUCCAGCACCGGAAGAACAACCACCAUCAUCCUCGUUCCGGCGAGGCACACGGCGGCGAUGAGAUAGAUCCUCGUUACGGAGUGGAGAAACGCCGUGUUCCCUCCGGACCUAAUCCGUUGCACCAUUAAUUGAUGAAUGACGAUGGCACGGGCUUGGUUUGAGUGGUAACAUAUAAGCCAAAGAUACACCUUUACCUAGCUCUUUUUUUUGUCUGAAAGGGGAAACUUAAAGAUUAGAGUUUUUCAUUUUCUUAGAUACGAAUACGAUUUACAACUUGGGUUUGAUACGUUUUUUCUUUAAAUCAUAGUACACAAAGGGUAUUUUAGUUUAGCUUUUAUUUUGAUGAUUAUAUAUGUAAAUAUAUUUACUUACUCAAGAAAUUUACAUCUUUAUUA